GCGGCUUCCGCUCGGGCCCCGCACCAGUCGUAGCUGCGCAGGACGCACACGCAGGAAGAGGAGGAGAAGGUUGGGUUGAGGCAGAGAGAACGAGAGGGAAGAAGAGGGGCGAGCAGAGCGGAGGAGCUGCCGAGAGCGGGGUGACUGUACGGCGGGCAGCCCGCGGGAAGCAGGAGGAGGCGGAGGGGGGAGUCCCGGGCUAAGGGACGGACGGAAGCCGAGAGGAGACAGCUGCAGGCGGCUUCUGUGAGCGCCAAGGAGGAGAAGAAGAUGGCGGACGGGGACAGCGGGAGCGAACGAGGGGGCAGCAGUAGUGGCGGUGGAGGAGGAGGCCCCGGCGGCUUCCAGCAGCACUUGUCUCGGGAGCAGGAGACACAGGAGCUGGCCUCGAAGCGCCUGGACAUCCAGAACAAGCGCUUCUACCUGGACGUCAAGCAGAACGCCAAGGGCCGCUUCAUUAAGAUUGCCGAGGUGGGCGCCGGGGGCUCCAAGAGCCGCCUCACCCUGUCCAUGGCCGUGGCCGCAGAGUUCCGCGACUACCUGGGCGACUUCAUCGAGCACUACGCCCAGCUGGGCCCCAGCAGCCCUGAGCAGAUUGCGCAGUCCUCCGGGGAUGACGGCUCCGGGGCCGGGGGGCCGCGCAGGGCCCUGAAGAGCGAAUUCCUGGUGCGGGAGAACCGCAAGUAUUACCUGGACCUGAAGGAGAACCAGCGCGGCCGCUUCCUGCGCAUCCGCCAGACCAUCAACCGCGGCCCGGGCUUCAGCGGGGGAACCGGCGGAGGUGCCGGCCUGCAGAGCGGACAGACCAUCGCGCUCCCCGCGCAGGGGCUCAUCGAGUUCCGCGACGCCCUGGCCAAGCUGAUCGAUGACUACGGCGGGGAGGACGACGAGCUGGGCGUGGGGCUGGGCCCCGGUGGUGGUGGCGGAGGAGGAGGCGGGGCAGCCGGUGGCGGAGGAGGCCUGUACGGGGAGCUGCCCGAGGGCACGUCCAUCACCGUGGACUCCAAGCGCUUCUUCUUCGACGUGGGCUGCAACAAGUACGGCGUUUUCCUGCGGGUGAGCGAGGUGAAGCCCAGCUACCGCAACUCCAUCACCGUGCCCCUCAAGGCCUGGGGCAAGUUCGGAGGAGCCUUCUGCCGCUAUGCCGACGAGAUGAAGGAGAUCCAGGAGCGGCAGCGGGACAAGCUCUACGACCGCCGGGGGCCCGGGGAGAGAGGAGGCGGCCUGGGCUCCGGGGGAGGCGGGGAAGACUCCGAGACAGAAGACGUGGACGACGACUGAGCCCCGGGAGAAAGGGGAGAGCCGGGGGGAGGAGGGGAAGGCCCGGGAUAGGACCACCUGCCUGCACGGUAUAGAGUAGUGUUCACAUCUGUGCUGCUGCAAAACUACAACUCCCAGCAUGCCCGGACAGCCUUCGGCUGUCCGGGCAUGCUGGGAGUUGUAGUUUUGCAACAGUUGGGGGGGAGGACUACACAUCCCAGAGCUUCAACACCCCCCCCACUACAAUGGAAACCUGUAGGACUACAAAUGCCAGAAGCCCUUCAAGCCCUAAUGUAUCUAUAUUUUGGUCUGGUGGUGGGACUACAAAUCCCAGCAUGCUAAAAUUAAGCAAUUUAAAUAUAUA